AUGGUUUCAGUAACCUCUCCUGCAGAGCAGCCUAAGAUGGAACAUCUGGAGAAUGCUAGUACCACAGACACAAAAUCUGAGUCCCCUCACAUGGUUACCUCUCCACUCAAAAGAACUGUUCCACUCUCUAAACUAGCAAAGAGGAAAAAAGAGGAAAGUCCCAAAGUCAAUACGACAACACCAAAAACCUCCAGUCUGUGCAAGAGAGGCAGAUACGAGCAAACCAGCUUGGAAGACAGUGCUUGUUCUGUAAAGACUGAAACGCAGACAGGAACAGUCAACGCUCAUCAAACUGAUUCUUCAGCCUGUAACACUCCAUCAGUGCACAGACCUGUGAAAACAGAGUCAGUCUUUAGUGAGGUUGUAGAGAGGGAGACUGUUGUGGCUUCAAGUGAUUACUUCACAGAGACAAGCAAAGACAAAGUCAGUGACUUCUUCACGGAGACGAGCAAAGAGAAAGUCAGUGACUUCUUCACGGAGACGAGCAAAGAGAAACCCAGUUAUAACUUCACAGAUAGCAGCGAAGAGAAAAACAGUGAUGACUUCAUAGAGAGGACGGAAGGGGAACCCAGUGAGAGUCAAGAGUCAAAGGAACAGCCCAGACGACCUUAUUACCUUCGGAACUUCCUGACCAUACUGGAUACAGUGCUGGAGAAUGAGGAUGAUAAAGAACUUUUCAACACAGAAGACCUGUCAGUUAUCCACGCCUUCCAACAGCUCUCAGCUCCAGGACAGAUGCUCUAUGUUCGAUUGUUCCAGAGGAAACUGAAGUGGCUUCAGGUGGACAAGUUGGACUAUGCUGAGGUUGGCUCCAACCUCACACCUAUCAUUCAAGAUCUUGUUAGACAUGGCUUCCUUCAGACAGAGAGAGAGCUGGAGGACAUUCGAGAGGUCCUGGAUCUGCUGCCUGCUCCAGAGCUCAGGGCCCUGGCGAAGACGUUCCAUCUGGCUGGCCCUGGAGCUGGGACUCAGAAACAACAGUUAGUGGAGGGGCUUCUACGUCUUGGGAAGCAGCGUUCACUCUUUGGUCAAAACAACACAUCCUCUGUUAUUCUCAAGAGGGCCAAGCAGCUGACCGGCUCAUGCGUUCGCCUUUGUCGAGGACCCAGGGCGGUCUUCUCCCGGGUCCUGCUCCUCUUUUCUCUGACGGACACUUUGGAGGAAGAGGAGAUGGCUUCAGCUGGUCAGGGGCAGCUCUACACCAUCCUGCUGGUCCAGUCCGGCCGCCUGGCUUUCCCAGUUUACACAGUACAGCGCAGCUCCAGAGUCUUCCAGGACAGGGAAGACCUCAUCAGGUAUGAAGCAGCCAUGCGCAGUCUGCAGGAGCUGAUCACGGUCAUGCAGGCAGGCGGUUGGGAGGACGCCCUGGAACUUUACAUUACAGCCAAGGCCACGUGGCAAGAGCUCAACUCCACCUGUGACUUCAGUCUUCAGGAGAAGCUGCCUGUGUACCUGCGCUGUUUCACGGUUGGCUGGACAUACACUCGCAUCCUGUCUCGAGGUGUGGAAAUACUGCAGAGGCUGCGUCGCUAUGAGGAAGCAGUGGAGCAGUUGAGGUCUCUACUGGCUCAGUCAGUAUACUGUCCGGACAGCAGGGGGCGCUGGUGGGACCGGCUGGCUCUCAAUCUCCAACAGCACCUCAAACGCCCUGGAGAGGCAAUCCAUGCCAUAAGGGAUGGGCUUCAGGACCCACUGGUCCGGACCGGUCACCAGCUGUCCCUCCAUCAGAGAGCGGCACGGAUGAAGGAGUCACCGAGCUUUAAGAAGUAUCGCCUGCUUCUGCGAGACCUGCCAACAGUCAGUGUACAGGACGUUGUGCAUGUGACCAUUCGCGGGCAGCUGUUUCCACACGAGGGCGGUACGGGGAAGUCUGUGUUCCUGAGGCCAGCUGACGAGGCUGAUGGAGAGGGAGGGGACUCCAUGGUCAUGUGCUCUGUAGAAGAACUGGCAUUGGCUCAUUACAGAAAACUUGGUUUUGAUCAAGGUAUUCAUGGUGAAGGCUCCACAUUCUCCACUCUCUUUGGACUUCUGAUGUGGGACAUCAUCUUUAUGGACGGAGUUCCAGAUGUUUUCAGAAACCUAUAUCAGACAUGUCCGUUGGAUUUUCACACUGACUGUUUCUAUGAGAACCGACGGGAGGCCAUUGAGGCACGUGUGGAGAUGCUACGGGAGGCAUCCACAGAGACGCUCCAGGACCUGGUGGCUGAAGUGUGGAAGACUCAUGAAGGGAGAGUGUGUGCCUUAGUCAGCUGGGAACGAUUCAACUCCCUGGAACAGGCCCAGAGUUUGUUGUCCUGUUUGUCUGGGCCCUUUCUGAGCGGUGUGGUUCUGAGGAUGGCCAAGGAUUACAGACACUGUAGGGGAGGGCUGCCAGACCUGGUGGUGUGGAACAGCUCCAAUAACACAUACAAGCUGGUUGAGGUGAAAGGCCCAAACGAUCGUCUCUCUCAGAAGCAGCAGAUCUGGCUGGAUGAGCUACGGAAGAUGGGGGCCGACGUGGAGGUGUGCCACGUGACUGCUGUCGGCGCACGAAGUGCCCGUUUAGAGUGACGCUGCUUUUAAGCCAAAAAGCAAACGCUGAAGUUCAGAGAAAGCCAACCCUCACCACAGAAGUUUGAGUCUCUGUGCAAACCUGCUUGCUUCUGCACCACUUCUUCCUUCUCAAGAAAAUGACCUGCUAAACAAAAGCCCAUGAACAGAGUUUAUGAAGAUUUAUGAAGGAGAGAAGGAAGAAGAGAAAUCUAAAGGAGAGAAAUCUAAAACCUCUUGAUGGCUGCGAUAAAGCUAAACUUUCUGGUGGUGUCCAAGAUAGCAGAGCCAUCUCUGACUUUAUGACAGUAUCCUUCAUGAGUUCAUUUUAUGCUGCGUGAACACAGCCGCACUUUGAUAUGUUCGUCUAUAAUCUCCAUGAGGAGGAGUGUGCAGGAGUAUCUGACUGACCGAAUGUCUGCACCUCAUUCUCAAAGCUGCUUUAAUGUUUACCUCAUUCUGCUGAAUGGACUCACCACAUGAGCUUGGCCAACAUUUUUGGUUUAAAAAGAGA